UGACAACUACACACAACACAACCUGUAUGUAAUUUGAGGGCUUUGAACUUUGAGAAUUUUGAACGUACGAAGGAAUACAGAAAGCCCUGGGAUUCGAAGAUUAACCGAUCGUCGACCGGCAAGUGCGAGAAUGCGCACUUUUGAUGACUGGUUCGCCCAAAUGCCGCAUGCGCCCGCCAUCGCCAGCCAUUUAGGAUUUUUGAAGGUAGAAGGAGGAACGAGCACCGCACUGCAUUAUCGUGCAGACCCAUCGAGCACAUUGCCGAAGCGCAGAAAGAACCGAGCGUCCGACAGCAACUUCCACAGCUAAGCUGAAAUACAGACCAUGCCCGAAUCGGCGACAUCUUACAUGAACGGCUUUUCCAAGCAGGCGAGCAACGAGGGCCAUGUGGGCCAGACGUUCCUCUUCUCAUCCGAGAGCGUCGGCGAGGGCCACCCGGACAAAUUGUGCGACCAGGUGAGCGACGCCGUCCUGGACGCCCAUCUGCGCCAGGACCCGAACGCCAAGGUGGCCUGCGAAUGCGUCACCAAGACGGGCAUGAUCAUGUUGGUCGGCGAGAUCACCUCCAAGGCCAGCGUGGACUACAACAAGGUGGUGCGGGACACGAUCAAACACAUUGGCUAUGACGACUCAUCCAAGGGCUUCGACUACAAAACCUGCAGCGUUCAGCUGGUGCUGGACGAGCAGUCGCCCGAGAUCGCCAGCGGCGUCCACCUCAACCGCAAUGACGACGACAUUGGCGCCGGUGACCAGGGCCUCAUGUUCGGCUACGCCACCGACGAGACCGAGGAGUGCAUGCCCCUCACCGUGGUGCUCGCGCACAAGCUCAACGAGAAGUUGGGCGAACUGAGACGCAACGGGACGCUCUGGUGGGCGCGACCUGACUCGAAGACCCAGGUCACCUGCGAGUACCAGUUUGAUGGCGGCGCCUGCGUGCCCAAAAGGGUCCACACUGUUGUUGUUUCCAUUCAACACAGUGAGAAGGUAACCUUGGACCAGCUGCGCAAGGAUGUGAUGGAAUUGGUGGUCAAGGCUGUCAUCCCUGAAAAGUACUUAGAUGCAAACACGGUCUACCACAUCAACCCCUGCGGAGACUUCCACAUCGGCGGCCCUCAAGGAGACGCCGGCCUCACUGGACGCAAAAUUAUCGUGGACACUUACGGAGGGUGGGGUGCGCACGGCGGCGGCGCUUUUUCUGGAAAGGAUUUCACCAAGGUGGACCGUUCGGCAGCUUACGCGGCCCGUUGGGUGGCAAAGUCCCUGGUCAAGGGGGGUGUGUGCCGACGCUGUCUGGUGCAGGUCUCGUACGCUAUUGGAGUGGCCCAACCUUUGUCCAUCACUGUCUUCGACUACGGCACUUCAGGCAAAACCGAAGACCAACUGCUUGAGAUUGUGAACAAGAAUUUUGACCUGCGGCCUGGCCACAUCGUCAAGGACCUGAAUCUGCGCAAUCCCAUUUACCAGCAGACCAGCACGUACGGACACUUUGGACGAGAUAUCUUCCCGUGGGAGCAGCCCAAGCAGCUGGUUCUAUGAUGAGCAGCACGCCGAUUUUGUUCUCCUAAAGACCAAUGUGACUGUUGUUCUCGGUUUCUUGCACCACUCGCUGAUUUGAUGCCCUCUUGAUCUUUUUUUUCUGACAGACGUUUUUGAAUUUUUUCCUGAUUUUCUGUAGAGGCGGUCGGUCGCCGCCUUACCUUUUACUGCUGUGUUCGAAUUUUUAUCAAAAUAAGGGUAGCUUUCAACAAAGACACACUUUUGCACCGAUAAUAGGGCGGUUUCCUAAUUAGCUAGCUGCUUUUGAUUGGUCGUACGAGUGCAUAAUUUUUGUGCAAUUUACGUGGCCGGGAAGGAAAUUCCCGUCAUUUGUGGGUAGGGCUUGUAUUUAAAAGUGACAGACUAGUAGUUUGUGCAUUCGGACGACGCGUGGCUAAUUUGGAAACCGAGCUCGAGGCACAUUGAAAACACAAUGAGUAUUAAUGAGAGUAUGGUUGAUCAUCAUUACUAUUGUAAUUGAUUCGAUUAAUUGAACGAUUGGAAGUAUUACUUCUCUGUGAACUGUAUUACUAAAAUUUGAAUAAACAAAUUAUUAGCUGAAUAUUUGUUUAGUUUGUGCAGAUAUUACCUUAAAAAUAAAAAAAUUUAAUACACAA